AUGACGACUGAUCAAAACUCUGAAGAAUUGGCUAGAGUGUUGCUUUCAAAAGCAACUGAAAAUCCCUGGCUGAUUCCUUCAAUAGUAAAUCCCGCUCUUCAAGGAGAAAUUUUACUUCACAUACUUAAAAACUGGAGAUCGUAUAAUUCAAAAGAAAAGCUAGCAAUAUUAUUUCUAAUUUUCUGCAUAAAAAGAAGUACUGUAACAACAUUAGAAAAAGAUAUAUCAGAUAAAAUUUUCCCUAAAAAGAUAAUUUUAGAAGGUUCUAAUGAUUUGGAUGAAUGGGUUCGUCUUGUAUCAAAAAUGAUGAUUGAUUAUCCUAAAACAGGCGUACUUGACCUGGCUGUCGAAAAAUACCUUCCUGAAGACAUACGAAAUGGUUUAAAACAAUUGAUCGACAAAAGGAAUAAAGAAAUCAAAUUUCAUCCUGUGGAAUAUGCGUUCAUGGACAGAAAUGUCUGUGAUUCAUUUUCUAUGAUAUCAAAAGAUUCAGAAUCUGAGACAUUCAAGCCAACACCAGCACCAACACCGCCAUUACCUUAUUUUAUUUUAAGACCGGAUUAUGAGAUAUCCAGAGAACAACGAUUAAAUGUAUUAAAUAAUUUGCCAACUGUUCCGAUGUCACCAGGAUUAAUUUCACCAAUAAGCACUGCAGGAUUUUUUAAUAUGGAUUCAAAUCGCGCACACACAUUACAAAACAUCCCUCAGAAUACAAUGGUUAAUCGACAAACACCGUCUCAACAUCCUUCUUUAACACGAAGAUUAUCUCACCCAUACCCAAGAACUAAUCCUUCGCUCCCUGGAUUUACUAACGGACCUUCGGGAGCAGAAUCACCAACAGAAAUCAAAAUAACUCAAGGAAAGAAAUAUCAAAAAGAAACAAGGAUUCAGAUUCUAGAUAUAACAACUGGAAGCUCAAUUAUUAGAAAUCAAGAAGAAACUAAACUUAAAACACAAUUGGAGGAGGUGCAAUUGAAAGAACAACCUAGGUUAGCAAAAGAAAGAGAAAAACAAGAAAGAGCAACUGCAAAAGUCGAAGCAAUGGUAGCAGCAGCAAGAACUGAGACGUCUUCUACCAGUACAUCUACAGCUUCUGAAACAGCAAAACGGCAAGGUUCUUCUGGUUACCCUAAAAGGAAGAAGUUAAAUGACGAAACAGAAGAAAUGGGUAUGGAAGAAAUAAUCACUGAAGGUGAAAAUUCCCACAAAGAUACACAAAUAAUGUUCAGCUCACCCAAAUCACCAUUAUCACCGUCGGGUAUAUCUAAUGACCCUCAAAUAAAACAAUCGCCGACCUCACCAAUUAAUGAAAAUGUAGACGAAAAGGUGAUGCAAGAUAUUUUAGAAGAUAAUAAUAAUUCACAAAAUAUUGAUUUAUCAAGUUUAAACAUAAGAUUACCACAAAGGAUCAUAGAAAUAUUGGAUAGCAAAACUAAAGAAGAACGACAACAAACUAUAGAACAUAUAUAUAAAGUAUUGGAGAAAGCAAAUAUGCUUGAUGAGCAAAACAGGGAGUUAAUUAUUUAUUUCUUAGCUGAUCUACAUAAUGAAGUAAAAGGUCAAUUAAUAAAUAUUUCGGAUGGAAUUUCUGGUCCUGAUGAUGAUACAAGGAGGUUGGAUUUGAAUGUGGAAAGGAUUACUCGUUAUGAUGAAGGAAAAGAAAUCCAUGAAAUAUUUAUUUUCGAGAUGAAUUUAGCUGAUGGUACGUGGAGAAAACUUAAGAAAACAAAGACUAAAUUAGUAAAAAAUAAAAUCAUGUAUAAUUUGAUUACAUCACAUAUGAUCAAACAUUACAAAUUUGAUAAGCAAAAGAAACUUAGACUUGAAAAAUCGCUUAAAACUUAUUCAUUAAGAUUUAUUGUGUCAUAUUUCCGUACUACUUCUUCUUCUUCACUGUACCAACCAUUACCACCUUUGCCAACAAAUAUGUCAAAUCAUCAUUCUUCCACCACUUCUUCUUCAUAUUCCACUAUUAUGGCCUCACCAUACACACGUGCCAUGUCGAACUAUCCAUUAAAUUCAACAGCAACUGCCUUUGCUUCUGGCUCUAGUACACGAUCUGCUUAUACUUAUUCUCAGACUGCAUCUUCAGACAUAAAUUCAUAUAAAGAUAUUCACAAAAAUAAGCAAUCUAAAUCAAUACCUGUAAAACCAAAACUUCCUAACUACUUGGUUGAGACAAGUUUUGCUGAUUUGUAUAAUGAAGCUGAACCUGAGGCAUUUGCUAAUAACGAUUCUGAUAAACUUUCUUUUGAGGCUCUCGCUUUGCCUACAGCUUGGAAUGUUGAAGAUAAAUGUAAUCAUUUGAACGUGGAAGAAAAUAAACUUAAAGUAAAUUAUACAGGCAGUGGUAAAAGUGAUUCAGAUGCCGCAGCAAUAAGAGCAAAUCAUCCAAUACCUCCCCAAUGUGGAUUAUUUUAUUUUGAAGUAGAAAUUAUAAACAAAGGAAAAGAUGGCUAUAUUGGCAUUGGGUUCUGUACAAAAUCUGUUGCUUUAAAUAGAUUGCCAGGCUGGGAACAAGAUUCUUGGGGAUAUCAUGGUGAUGAUGGACAUUCCUUCUGUUGUUCUGGUACUGGAAAACCAUAUGGACCUACAUUUACAACAGGUGAUAUUAUUGGAUGUUGUUUAAAUUUUAGAGAUAACACAGCUUUUUAUACAAAAAAUGGAAAACAUCUUGGAAUUGCAUUUAGAGAUUUAAAAGGAACACUUUAUCCAUCAAUUGGAUUAAGGACACAAGGAGAAUCUUUAGAAGUCAAUUUUGGUCAAAAGAAAUUCAAAUAUUCAAUUGAAGAUUAUGUGAAGGCAGAAAAAGAACGUCUAUGGAAAAUAAUUAAUGCUAAACUUAUGCCACCUAUUUCGCCAUCAUUGUCACCACAACCACCAUCGUCGUCAUCAUUAUCAGCUAACAAUCUACAAAUUAAUAAAACUGCAACAGAAACAAAUCUUACAUCUACAGUACAUCAACUUAUUAUAUCAUAUUUAAUUCAUCAUGGAUACAGCGAGGCAGCAAAAGUUUUUUCACAAGAUGCUACACGAAUAAAUUCUAUUCUUAAUAGUAAUGCGAUGGAAGGAGUGGAAAUUGAGAACACAUCUUUUAAUUUAGAUAAAGAUAUGUUAAAUAGGCAGAGAAUUCGAGAUUCUGUCCUUAAAGGUGAUAUAGAUGAUGCCAUCAAAUUAACCAAUAAGUUUUAUCCAUCAGUUUUACCUUCUAACGAUGAUAUUUUGUUUCAACUUCGAUGUCGCAAAUUUAUCGAAAUGAUGAGAGAGUGUGCUGGUAGUCAAAUAAUGAGUUCAGACGAAGAUGAUGUCGCGAUCAAGAAAGAUAAAAAAUUAGUCGAAAUUAUUGAUGAGGGCGAGGGAGAAAAUAAUGGAGACGACAUUAUUGCGGAAGAUGAUGAUAUUGAAGUCUUUGGAGAUAAUGGUGGUGUGAUUGAGGAAGAUAGCGAUGAUAAUGAUAAAGAUGAUAAUUUAUCAAACAAAAACAAAAAAACAUUAAAACGGCGGAAAGGACCCGAGGUAAACUUAAAUGGAUUAGGAGGAAUGAUAGAGUCUGCUGUACGAUUCGGUCAAGAAUUACAAGAUGAUUAUCGUGAUGAUACUCGAGAAGAAGAAACAUUUUCAUUAUUAGCGUAUACUGAUCCAAGAGAAAGUGUUGUUUCUUAUUUAUUAGAUCCAUCUGAACGUGAGCCAGUUGCCAAUGCAUUAAAUAGUGCAAUUUUAGUAUCACAAGGAAAACCUGCAAUUCCGCCAUUGGAACAAAUCUAUCGACAAACUUCAGUAGCAUUAAAUGAACUUUCUAGAAAUGGUGUUGGUUCUAGUGCUUUAGUCAAUAUACGAAAAAAUUGCUUAAUUUAA